CGCUAUAGAGAGGAGUUGCUAGAGAAGCAAGCAAGCAAUCUGCGGUAGAACAGACGUAGAAGCGGAGCGAGGCGGAGAGAAAGUACACCGGGGAGAUCAUGGCGAAAAGAUUGCUACUCGAUUAUCACAAGAGUCUGCCGCUCAAUGGACUGCAAGCUUCUACAGUUUUGCUUCUCAUAUAUGGGUUUACCUGUGUGUGCAGUAACGAGGUGCUGGUCCCAGAGAGGGUGAGUGCUGUGCUGGGGAAGAACAUUACUCUGGGCUGCAGGGUGGAGGUGGGCACCAACCUCAGCCUCACCCAGAGCUCCUGGGAGCGUCGCCUGCCCUCAGGCACCAUCACCCUGGCCGUUUUCAACCCCCAGUUUGGCAUCUCCAUCUCUCCAGACUACGCCAGGCGCCUGUCCUUCCUGAACCCCUCCGUGCACGAUGCCACCAUCGUCCUGGAAGGCGUGGGAUUUCAGGACAUCGGGUCUUACACGUGUAAAGUGGCGACUUUCCCACUGGGCAACACGCAGGCAUCCACCACCGUCAAUAUACUAGUGGAGCCCAAGGUCUACGUCUCCGCCGGCUCUACGGCCCUGGUGGAUGGUGGUAAUGAAUCGGUGGCGGCCACCUGCAUAGCAGAGCGCGGCCGACCUGCAGCCGAGGUGUCCUGGGAGACUGAGCUGUUUGGCCGCUCUGAGGUCCAGACGCAGGACGAGCCCAACGGCACCUCCACCACGCAGGUGCGCUACGUGUUGGAGCCACGGAGACACUCCCAGGGCCACACGCUCACCUGCGUGGUGCGCCACCCAGCCCUGCAGACUGAGUUCAGGAUACCCUACGUGCUCAAUGUGCAGUUUGCUCCUGAGGUGACGGUGGUGGGAUAUGACCAGAACUGGUUUGUUGGUCAGGACAAUGUGAAGCUGGACUGUGGAGCCAAAGCCAACCCACCUGCCCACCACUUCUCCUGGACCAGGUUGGAUGGGCCGAUGCCUGACGGUGUGGAUAUAGUGAACAACACUUUUACUUUCACUCGUCCUCUGGAGAGAAAUGACUCUGGACUGUACAGGUGUGAGGUGUCCAAUGACAUCGGUCCACGCGGUCAGGACGUUCAUGUUUGGAUACAAGAUAUGGAGGAGGACAUGGAGAUUGACCGUAACGUCACUGGGAUCCUUGGAGAGGAUGUCUUCCUCCGCUGUCAGUACCUGGGACAGAAUGACAUCACAGACGCCUCAUGGAAACGCCCAGACUCUAGAAUGAAACGAUCGAUGAAGAAAUUAACAGGCUACAAGAACAACAAGACUUUCAGCAAAGACCCAGACUUCUCCGCCCCAGCCUCUCCCACUAAUCUGACUGUGAAGAUGAGGGUGUCUACUCUGGAGGCCCAGGGGGAGUACACAUGUGUAUUCGCCACCGAUGAAGAGGAGAUCACUAACAGCAUGUUUCUCACUGUUCUGGCUCGACCUGAUAUCUACACAGUGGUGACAGAGGACACAGACAACGCUACCCACUACCAGUCAGUCACAUGCUCAGCUACCAAUGGUAAACCUAUGGCUCUGAUUCGCUGGGAGAUCAACGGCAGCCCUCCUACUAACGAUUCCUCUGUGGGGAUGAGGAACACCAGUUAUACCAAUGGCACUGCCACUAUGACCAGCUUCCUUCGCUUCCCCACCCACCUACAGGAUCAGGACAGGGUGACCUGUGUGGUCCAGCACCCAACCCUGCCUGACCCCACCACACAUGUCACAGUGAGAGUGGAGACCUUCGAGUCCCCUGUGAUGCAUGUUUUUGUUGUGAGGCAGAGGGAAUCUCCUCUGUGGCUGGCUGUAUGCGAGUACAGAGGGGGCAGGUUCGGAGCACACCUCUCUUGGGUUCUACCUGACAACGCCACAGGCCACAUCUCCUUCCGCUCUGGGUAUGAAGGAGUGAGAGUGCUAACCAACCUCACCUAUGAGUUCUCACUGGCCCUCCACGAGGGUCAGGACCUGAUCUGCCUCAUUCAAAAUCGCCAUGGACUAAAGGAGAGGAGGACAGUCCAUGUCCCCAAAUACUACAUCUCAUCUGUCAGAGUACUGAAUCAAACCACUCCACUGUACAAACCUUAUGGAGACGAGUUCGUUAUACAUCGAAUGUCCCUAAAGGAGAAUUUCCACAACCAGAGGAUCCUGCUCAAAGUCUAUGGCAGUGUGCCAACUUACAGCCUUACCUGUCAGAGAAAUGACGGCACAUUGGUCCAGAUGGAUGGUCGUGCUCUGUUGUUCCAAUCAGAGGUCACGGAGCGGGAGGCGGGCCUCUACACUUGCCAAGCCUCUUUCUACCACCAUCAGGCCUCGGUCCUCAUUCAAGUGGAGGUCACCAGUGAAGAUAAACAGCUCAGUGAGUGUACACUCACCUUAUCAUGCAUCAGUGAAACAACAAUAUUGAUUGUCUUCAUCGUCUGUCUCUCCUCGGCUGCAGCCAUCACGAUCCUCCUUGUCACUCUGUGUGUUUUCUGCAAAAUAAAUGGAGACUGCCUAGCAUCUAAGAAGCUGGAGUCGCUGGCACCCUUGACCUCUCUGACCCAGGAACUGUGCUCUCCAGAGCUGAGGAAGGGAAAGACAGUGACAGUACCAGGAGGGGGAGGCCAGGAGUACAACCAGCUGCUCAGCGACUCUAUUGUCAUUGAUGCCAGAUCCACUGUGUAAAUGACAGUGUGUGUCCCUACUGGCACACUARUACCUAUAUAGAGCACUACUUGUGCAUUGUGCCAUUUGAGACUGAAUGAUUUUAUUUGCCUUUUUUUUUUUUUUUAAAUAAACAUUUAAAUAAACUUGACCGGGAUAGACUUUGCCCCUAAAUUCCAUGGUGCAAAAACAUUAUAGAGUACAUAGAUCACUUUUUUUCUUUCUCGAUCAUUAGCCAGAUUUUGACUUUAGACACAACCACAGGCUUCUACUAUAUGUUAGAGUCCACGCUACAGUAUCCUGUGCAUCACUCUUACGUGGUGCAUGAUGCAGCUUCUCCUAAUGCCAAGUCAUUAAAAAUGCAUUARUUUGUGAAUUUUUCAUUAUUUUUAGUUUUGUUUAUUGGUGUAUUUCAUGCAUUGGUGUUUUAAAUAAUUGUAAUGUGUUGUAAAGAAAUGUAUUGUAAAACUGCUAAAAAUGUUGAGCGUAGCUUCUAUUUGUUUUACUGUUGUAUUAUGCUAAAGUUUGAAAGGUUAUUCAUUUUGGUUCGAAUGUAAAAUCUGGAGCAUUAUCAAUAAAAUUACU